UCUUCAAAUAGAAUAUAGAGUUUCAACUCAUACCAACAUAUAUAUCUAAUAUUAUAAGCCCUUCUUUUCUUUUCUGUGGUCCAAACUCAUCAAAGACAAUCUUACCCCUCAUUCCAAUCCCAUCAAGCUUAUUUUGUAUGUGGUCAAAUCUGUAAUAUUGGAUUACUGCGUUGAGAAGCUACUUCAUCAACUUAGAAUACUCUUGUUUUUAUUGUGACACAUGUUUUUUUAUUUCUUUAAUUCAUAUAUAGUAUUCACUUUUGUUAAAGCAAACAACUUUUGUUCUUCUAUAUAAGAAAACCAUAAGGGCAUUGAUUUUCCUUCAUGCCAAGUAAACUUUUUUUCAAAAAAAAAAACUCUGUUCUAUAUACUACUCUCUCUGUUCUAUAUUACAUCUUAUAUAUUUUCUUUGUUUAUAUCAUCAUAUCAAGUUAUUGAAAAAGAUGAAGAACAAGGCUUCAAUUGUUUUGAAACAGAUAAUAUCUUUGUUGAGUUCAUUAGGUAGCAAAGCAAAGAGCAGAACAAAUGCAGCCAAAGCUCGGCUCAUAAUGUUUUCACUAAUGAAGAACAAGAAAGUACUAAUGGAGUCACUCUCUCACAAAAUUCACAAUCUACUUGGGAACAAUAAUCACAACAAGGAAGGAGAUGAUGAUGAUGAUGUAAUGGAGGAGGAUUUAAACAAAGCCAUAGUUCUAUACAAUGCUAAUGCCAAAGCCAAUGGUCAAGACGAGUUUCGAUAUGCAUCAUCAACUGGUGCUGGUUCAGGCCAACUUGUACAAUACUACUACAACUAUAGUAGUAAUAAUAAUGAUGAUGAUGAUGAUAAGUACCCUGAUUUAAGGCAUUCUCUUUUUGAUGAGCUAGAGGAAGAUGAUCAAGAUCUACAAGGAGGGUCUGUGAUUGAUAUGGUAAGGAAUGCAAAAGAGGAAGAAGGAGGUGAGUCUUUCAAGUUGGAAGAUGAGAUUGACCAUGUUGCAGACUUGUUCAUCACAAGGUUUCAUAAGCAAAUACGUAUGCAAAAGCUUCACUCUUUCAAAAGGUACCAAGAAAUGCUUCAGAGAGGCCUUUAAACACACAGAGAGAGAUAUCAAAUCCAACUUAAUUAUUAUUAUUUAUAAUUUUAGACAUGUAAUUGUGGCUUGUUUUUGGUUCCAUGUUGCUUGUCACCUACUUGAAUUUUUGUUUUGUUUUUUUUAAUAAUGUUGUUUUAACUCUCUAAUUACUACUGCCUGUAUUGUUGGUUAAUUACCAAACCAAAGUACUGAUUAUGACAAAAAUGAAAAAUUCCAUAUAAUAAUGAUAAUGUUUUUUUCUUAAUUAGGCUUGUCUACCUGUCUUUCACUUAGAAAAGUUUCCCUUACAGGUACAAUAUUUUCUUUUCUUUUCUUUUUUAGUCUAAGCCUCACUAAUAACCCUACUAAUAUCAGUAAAAUAGUUCUCUUAUCUUUCUGUUUUUACUGUGCUAAGAAUGAAUGAAUUUAGUUAUAAAAGAAAAGAUGUUAUAAACUGGUGUAGUUAUAUCUCUUACCAUGUCAGUUGGCAUAUGAAAAUAAAAUAUAUAGGUAUAAUAAAGAGCUGAGAUCAUUAAACAUUAUUUGCUAUGCAACAAUCAAUACCAAAAAGUAAAAGAAAGAGAAAAAGCCAUUGAUGAAGUGGUACUUUAAAUAGUAAAUAGCUCUUCCUGCACAAGAAGAAAUCUUUUAAAUAUCUUAUAGCUUUGGGAACAAAAUUUAUUGAAGAAAAAAGGGUGAGUACUUGUACCACAAAAUAACUUGUUUAUGUAAGCAAAUGAGUAAAUAAAGACUUUAAAUAAAUACAGCAUUAAGGAUAUGUUGAAAGAAAAUAACAGAAAUCCAAAAUGACCCAUAAAUAUUGGCUUUUGCACAUGGGAUUUCUUGACUGCCCAGUAAACUUGUCACUGUCAUUAAGAAAAACACUGUGCCACAACCAGACCACCAACACCUCUACAACAAGAGCCAGAGAGAGCCAAAGGACAGUAGUAAAGUAAUAGCCAAGGAGCCACUUACUCCUGUCAAUUUCACUGUUACAUCCUUUUUCUUUACUUUUAUAAAUUCAAACAUAAAAAAAAAAAUUAACUCAAAUUGAGCUGGGGUUUUGCUCUUAAUCACAGUAGAAAAGAGAAUUGUAGUGUGUCUUGUCUGUCACCACACUCACCACCGCCCACUGCCCACAUCACAUGCUCACUCUAUCUCUCUGAGCUUUAACAGUGAGAUUAUAUAUAUAAUAUAUAAUAUAUAUGACUCUGCUGUGGGUAUGACCUGACUUUGAGUACCAUUUACAAACAAUGUCUGUGCAUUUUGUGUCCUUGUCUAUGCCUAAAUAAAAACAAGACAGAGAGAGAAGAGGAAGACAAUACUCCUGAAAUUCUUGCCAUUUAUUCUCCAAAAUUAUUUCUGUAUAAUUUCAUGAGCUAUACCUAUCAGAGCUACCAAGAAAGUUUCAACAUUGUUCAUUGUCAUAUAUUAGAUGUAUACAAAAGAACAAAACAAAAUUACUUUAUGGCCUUUUGCAUUGUCACUCUUUCUUUCUUUCAUUCAAUAAAACAGAAGAUAAAUUAAUAAACACUUACUUUUUUCUACAGAAUAUAAAUCAACUCAAAAAUGAAAUCCAAUUUUUUCUGUAUGAAUCGUAUGCUUACUCAUCAGUUUUACUACUCAACCGAGCUCAAAAUUAAAACAAAGAAAGAAAAAAAAAAUACCGAAGAAAACAGGUCAGGACUAAAGAGCAAAGACAAAUUCAGAUCCAAAAAAAAAAAAGAAUUAGAAAAAAAAAAAAAAGAAUUAAAAAAUAAUCUCAAAUGGUGGUAAAAGCUCCAAACUUUCCUUUUUCCUCCAUUUUCAUAUAAACCAAACAUACCAUGCAAAAUGUUAAAAAAAAAUAAUAGCAAUAGACCCCUCUCUCUCCCUCGCUUUUUUUUUUCUAUUUUUUUUCCUCAUUAACAAAACUAAUGAUUAAAACUAUGAUACAGUGUUUUCUGCUUCGCCGGAUCCAUAAAAAUCGACCAGUUUCUGCAAAAUCACGACCUGGGUCCUCAAAAGGACGAUGUAAUCAGCCGUUUGCUGGAACAAUUGUUCGGGUUUAACUGUCUCCUCUUCGUGGGUAGGAAUGAGAUUCUUCAACGCUUCCAACUUGUCCGCGACCUUCGAACACGUGCCUCCGCCAUUGUUACAGCUUCUUCGAGCAACACACCCACGUGACCGAGGCUUUAUCCUUCUUCCUCCUCUUCUUCUCGUUCUUCUCAUCACACUCAUUUUCUGAUCCUUUGUCGUCGAGCACAUUGCUCUUAUAUUUUUUUAACAAUUAUUUUUAUUUUUAUUUUUUUGAAGAGAAAACAGAAAUGGAAGAAGAAGGAAAAACUCUGUUUGAGACUGUUAU